ACGGUAUAUUUGCAAAUGCUUUUCCCUUUUAGACAUUUCUGUGAUUCUUUUGUUUCCCAACUCAGUGAGUUGGGUAGUUUUUCUGUUAUUAACCAAAUGAACCACAUCCAGUUGCAGCAAGGCAAAAACAUGUCCACCACUUCAAUACCCACCUCACUCUUCUCCCUCACCAAAAACCCCAUUAAACCCACUCUUCAAAACUUCAAUUUUUCCAUUACUAACCCCAAUUUCACUUCCAUUUCUAAACCCUCUUCUCCGAUCCCCACAUUAUCCAAACCCUCCAGUAGACACACUCUUCUCUUAUCCAGCUGUAUCUCCACUGCCACUCAUUAUGAGUUUAAUGAUGGACCAUCAGAGGUGGAACUAAGAUUAGCAAUUGGAAGUCAAGAUUAUGUUAGUACAAGAGACAUAGUUGUGGAUUCAGAUGACUCCUCCUUAAUUGUCAAAGUGAAAAACUUAGGCUCUGUCACAACUCUCAUCGAAACUAAUAGUCUCUUUGAUAAAAUUAAGCCUGCUGAAACGAUCUGGUAUAUAGACGAUGAUCAACUGGUUAUUAACUUGACGAAGCAGGAUCCCGAGUUGAAAUGGCCUCACAUUGUGGAGUCAUGGGAAUCCUUAACAGCUGGGCUAGUGCAGCUUCUUAAAGGGACGUCGAUCUACGUUGUCGGUCCUUCGACUGAUAUUAACCAAAAAGUUGCCAACAAACUUGCUGUGGCUCUUGGGUAUACACCUCUAGAUACACAGGAGUUGCUGGAAACAUUUGCUAAGCAAACAAUUGAUUCAUGGGUGGUUGCUGAAGGUCCGGAUUCUGUAGCUGAGGCAGAAAGUGCUAUAUUAGAAAGCCUGAGUAGUCAUGUUCGAACUGUUGUUUCAACAUUAGGAGGGAGGCAGGGAGCUUCUGGAAGGACUGAUAAAUGGCAACAUCUUUAUGCAGGAUUUACUAUCUGGUUGUCGCAAACAGAUGCAAAGGAGGACGGAAAAAGGCGUAUUCAAGAGGGUUACUCCAAUGCAGAUGUAGCUGUCAAGAUUGAAGGAUGGAGUGCUGAUAAUGUCAAAAGUGCUGCCCAAGCAUCCUUGAGUGCCCUCAAACAGUUAAUCCUAUCAGAUAAAAAACUUACAGAUAAGAAGAGGCUGUAUAUAAGAUUAGGAUGCCGCGGUGACUGGCCAAAUAUCGAGCCUCCGGGAUGGGAUCCAUCAGCAGAAGGAGAGGCUACCUUUUAGAGUCCAUGCUUUAGAUUCAUUCUUAUGUCAACACAACAACAAAUUGUUAAGUUGUCGAGUAAAUUUGUUGAAUUAACAUGAGAUGCACUUGAAAGCUCAUUUUAACGGAUUAGCGUCUUUGGCAUUAUAAAUCAUAUUAGAUUAAAUGAAAA